AUAAAGUUUAUAGUGAGAGAACGGUCACGUUUUGGCAGAGGCGCUGCUUGUCAGGCAACGUCAUUUCUGACUGCGGUUUGUAACUCGACUUGACAGACCUUUUUUUUGUGUUGACUCAUGUAAGAAGCAUCCAGUUGUCCUGCACGUCUAAACAUACAACCGGAAUGAGCUCCCUACGGAAGGAGAAAAGGGAGGAGCAAACGUGUACUCUACUAUAAAUACACCAGCUUCACUGACAAUCUGGCGAACUAACGUGCUUGAGGUUUUGUGCUCAUGGCUCAGAUGGAGAUGGUCGAGUUUGGUGUGGAGCAAGGGCAGAUGCUGCAGGUCCUGAUGCGACACUGUCAAACCAUGAAGCGGCAGGAGACUCGACUGCGCCUGGCCACCGCUCUGCUGCUCACCGCAUUCCUCGCGACGUCACUCUGGCUGCAGUUUCACUCCAACAGUCCUCCGCAUGCAUUUGCAGGUGACCAUACAGAGGCUUUGAAGGCUAAAAAAACACAUAAAAGGCAGUCCGUUCAUCUAGAACCUAAAAGCAAGUCUUGUCCAGAAAAGCAGCCCGUCGAGUGGAACUGGAGGAAUGAGAGCCCUUACUUGGACAAUUUCAAGCUGGAAAAAUCAACAGAGCUUUACAUCUCCACAAAAGGCCUCUACUGGAUCAAUCUGAAGAUCUCUUAUCGUAUAGCCUAUGAUCAGUGUAAGGGUAAUGCUAACCAAAUACUGACUUUAGAGGCCAACGUGACACAGGAGCACAGCAACUAUGAACAGGAGAGAGUGAUUUUAAAAGGUAGAGAGUCUAUGCUUUGUAGAGAAUAUUGGCUGCAGUCGAUGACUUUGAGUCAAUCGGUCAUGCUAGAAGCCAACUCCAGUCUCAGAGUAAGAAUUAACCAGGAUAAUUGCAAAUUUGUCAGCUGGUUUGAAACCACUUUCUUGGAUGUCACUUACUUCUAACUGCCAGAUGAUAAAGAUGCACAUUUUCACAAAACAGCAUUUUAAUCACCCACUAUAUAGAUUCUUAAAUAAAUGAGAAAGUUUAUUGAGAGGUUUUCUCUCUCUUUCAUAAUUCUGAAAUUGUUAUUAAAUAACAUGAAUUUAAUCUAUUUUGUUUUUAUAUAAACAAUUAUUUUUUGCUCUGCUAGCCAAAUUGGACCAAAGUGUUGGUACUGCAGUUAAAACGAUUUGCAUGUUUUACAUUAAAACUGUUUGAAUAUGCAUUUAUGUACUUUUUCAUUGAGAGAUGUUUAUUGUCAAUUGAUUUAAAAAAUCAGAUCUGUUCGUUUUACCUUUACUAUUGUGUAUUUCCGUAUUUCACAAAUGUCCUUUCAGGUUGAAAUUCAAAUAAAUAAUUUUUUACAAA